AUUAAUCGCUUGUGAAAUCAUUUGAAAUUAAGGAGGAAAGAUAUAAUAACUGGAUGGACUUGGAUCAAUCAUUUAUAUAAAUAUUGACAGAAAUUUAUUUUUCGAUUGAUCGUCUUUUCGGUUUUUAACAGCACCAGUACUAUUUAAAAUGGCGGGAAGCUUGGAAAAACAAAGAAAGCCACCAACAUAAGUAAAGACUUUUGAACAAUGGCAGAAAGACCUGAAGAUCUCAAUCUUCCAAAUGCAGUUGUCACCAGAAUUAUAAAAGAUGCUAUCCCAGAAGGUGUUAAUAUAUCAAAAGAAGCGAGACUAGCUAUAUCUAAAGCUGCCAGCGUGUUUGUUUUAUAUGCUACAUCAUGUGCCAAUAACCUUGCAUUGAAAGGAAAAAGAAAGACAAUAUCAGCUACAGAUGUAAUUAAUUCAAUGGAAGACAUGGAGUUUGACCAGUUUGUAGAACCCCUGAAACAAGUUUUAGAAGAAUACAGGAAAGAACAGAAAAGUAAAAAGGAUGCUGCAUCAGAAAGGAAAAAGAAAGUGAAAGAAGAAGAAAAAACUGCUGCAGACUCAGACGAAGAAGGACAGGGAGAAGCAAUGGAAGAGGAAGCAGGUGGGGAAGAGGACACACCUGUUGGGAGUGUUGUUACUAUAUCUGAUGAUGAUAAUUAAAGAUGCAAUUAAAUUUG